AACAUUGAGCUGAAGGUGGAGGUGGAGAGCCUGAAGCGAGAGCUGCAGGAGAAACAACAAGCCCUCAACAACACAUGGGUGGCUGCGGAGAACCAGACGACCCGCAGCCAGGCAGCACUCCAGCAGCAGUAUGAGGAGCAGCAGUGGGAGUCAGAGCAUGUCUAUGAGCUCCUGGAGAACAAGAUCCAGCUCCUGCAAGAGGAGGCCAGACUGGCACGGAGUGAGGCUGAGCAGGCCACGGCACUGGCCAGAGCUGAGGCGGAGCGGAGGAUUGAAGAGCUGACCAAAGAGCUGGCCGCCACCAACCGGCUUGUGGAAAUGCUGUCAGCUGAGAAGCAGGACCUGCAGCAGCGCCUGGAGGAGCCCCUGGCUGUGGUGGGGAAG